AUGCCUUUAUCUCAACGAUUAGGAGAAAAAAAGAGGUAUCACUAUGGUGGUAAUCCCAGGCAUACUUCAUAUUCAAGAGGUGGACAUUAUCAGCAUAGUUCUGGACACUAUAACAAUAUAAGGCCGUCCACAGGUCACCAAUCCUCAGUGCCGUAUAGCAGUCCUACAGUUUCCCAAGGAGUUGAUUCUAGGCCGUCAAGAUAUGAUCCUAAUGGUGUAGCGGGAAAGACCUUCUCAUCCAGAACUGGUAGCCGAUACAAUCCUGAAUCGUGGACCGCAAGCCCGACGAAGAAAAGUGGUCCAGAGACGAUAUCGAGGUAUUCUGGAGCUGCGAGCACCACUCAGAGCAGAUAUAAUGCGCAAGUUGGCCAUCCACCUUCUACUGCUCCAAACUUUUCAAUGAAUGGGUCAUAUCACGGUUAUACUAGCUACGCAGGCCAGUAUGGGACUGCGGCUAGAACUAAGCGAACGAUGGAUUCCAGUGAUAUGUAUGAUAAUCCCCCAGGUUCAAAUGGUUACUUACAUCGAGGCGGCAAGUGGAGAGAUUCUAGUACUAUUUCAUCUUCAUCAUCUUCUGCUAAUACCACCAUCCAACAGUCUGACUAUGAAGGCGGAAGUAGUACAAUAGUGCCUUCCUCUUCACUGAAACAAUAUAAGAGGUCUAGUAGUGCUGGGCUCAAUGCUUCAAACCACUAUCGUAGCCCGCAUUAUAAUAAUAAAUACGGCUAUCAAGGAAGUUCUGGAACUGUGGGCGAUGGAAUUGAUGAUGCAUAUGAAAUGCCGAAAUCAAAGAAAAAUUUUGAGAAACAUCCUAAUGUGGCUUCGAGCCUAAUUAACUCGGUACCAAUGACUACAAGACAGGUUGAAAAACAAGUCGCAUACGACAAUAAACGGAUUGAUUUACGACUUGAUGAAUCAUGUAUGCUAGAUGAUAGUGAAAAUGAAUCCACUAGAUCAAUAGAUUCACGCCAUCCUGAACAGACGCAAAGUAAUAAAACUGAUAACCGAACUGAAAUGCGAGAUGCGGAUCAUAGUUAUAACUUAUCAAAAGAGUCACCUGAUGUUGCUGAAGUAUCAGAUAAGCUUACCGAAGGGCAGCUUGAAGAAAAUGAAUUUGGAAAUGCGAAUGACCUGACGAGAGAGCAAAAUGAAGAAGAGAAAUCAGAUCUUGAAGGAGAAGUAGAGGAAGAUGAGGACGAGGAAGAAGUUGAUAUGCCUAAUGAAGAUGCGAAGAACGGCAUUGCCAACGAAGAAGAGGAAGCUCGAGGAGAAGAUGUUCUAUAUGAUGGUUAUGUUGAUCCAUUAACCCAAGGCCCACAUGUACCAAAAAGUAUUCCUUCACCGACACCCUACCCGGAACCUUUGGUCCCUGUGGAGAGUUAUAUUUUCCCUAUGAAAGAAACUGAAAUGAAGUUUUGGCUAUUAAAGAAUUUAACAAGGGAAGUAAGGAUUUCAAAACAGAAAUAUCUAUUGAAAACCCCGAUUAAAUCCCUUUCUGAGUAUCCAUUCAUGGAUCAGAAUAAGUUAAUUCACGCGCAAGCUAUAAGGCCUAUUUUAUUAUCGUCCCUUUCUAAGUUAAAACGUUAUGAAUAUGAGAAGACCGUAAUUCUGAAACACAAUUUUUUGCAGUUACAAGAAAACUGGAUCUCAAAGUGUGAGGCUAUGGACAAGGUAAGCGAAAACGUUAGACGCCAAGAAAUAGAGGAGAAGAGGAAGAGAGAAGCCGAAGCCCGUCAACGUGAAGAAGAAAAACAGCGGGAAUUACAAGAGCAACAAGGUAAUCGUUUAUCCCGUCGUAGGAAUAGAGCUGAUUUUGUUGACGAUGCUGAAAUUGAAUCGGUGCUGCUGCAAAUUGAUCCAGAUUAUAAACAUCACCAGUUAGCUGCCAGCAUUCCACCAAUGAUUUUGGAUCCCGUCAAAAAAUUCUCUAUGAGGUUUAAGGAUAUUAAUAAUUUGGUUACAGACAAAGAUAAAUGGGCUUCAAGGGUGCUAACUGAUGCUGUAGACAAUUUUUCCGAGGAGGAGCAUAAUUUAUUCGUAGAAGCAUAUUUAACCUACCCUAAGAAGUUCGGGAAAAUUGCAAAUCUUAUGGGCGGACUUAGAUCUCCUGAGGAGUGCGUAUUACAUUAUUAUCGUACUAAAAAAAGAGUCAAAUAUAAGAGUUUGAUUAUGGAGAAAAACAAAAAGCGUAAAAGCGGUUCUAAUCGACGUCGCAAGGAAAGGGAAAAGGAGAAACCAAGAACGAAACAAGAUGUAUCCGAGUCUCGUGAAGGUGAAAAUUACAGCGAUUCUAAACUCGACGAGAUCGAUCCAAUAGUUGAAAAGCACAAGAUAGUAAUGCAACAGGUUGAAAUCAAGGUAGAUUCGGACAAAAUUGAAUCUACUGAGGAAGAUCAGAAACCUGUCGAACCCGACUUUCCUAACCAUGCAGAUAUCAACAAUAAUAAUGCCACCGAAGAUGAAACAGAAUAUACAACACCAAUGCCUGAUACGAACCAAGAUACGGUUAAGGUAAUGACAACCUUGAAGGGCUCUGAAUUACCCAAGAAACGUUCCCUUUCCGACGUCCAGAAUGAAAAUAAUGAAAUGAAGUUUGAAGAGGUGCCCGAGUUACAUGAUAGGGAAUCAACCGUUUCCCAAGGGCCUGCUCUGAUAAACCAAGGCACCACCUCUGACAGUAAAGAGUUAGCAGGUGAUGACUCUGAGGACCUUUCUGGGAUACCGAAAAAGAAGCCCAGACACAACGACAACCACCACAGGUCAAGUUACUGGAGCGUGAAGGAAAGUGACAUGUUCCCAAUUUUGCUAAAGCAGUAUGGCUCACAAUGGCACUUGAUUUCAGACAAGCUAGGAACGAAAUCUACUACAAUGGUGAGAAAUUACUAUCAACGUAAAGUAGCGUCCAAGGGUUGGCAACCACUUCUGGAAGAGGGUGAUGUCAAUUUCCAGCGUAUUAAGCAACAGGAAAAAGCUUCCCCUGCACCUGGCACAAACGCCACCGAGCUAGUCAAUACAGAUGGAAUCCCGCCUCAGCAGGCGCCUUCUUUAGGCCUCUUCAACAUUAAAAGGACGACAUCACCGGUGAACGCUGUUAGCUCAAAUCACGUGACAGAUACCCAAGACAGCAGCUUGCCCCAGGAUACCCCCUCACAAGGACUACCACCUCAGCACACUCCAUCUGUGCUACUGCAUAACCCAAUGCAUUCUGAAAAUGUUGUGGCCAACACCAUGCCUCCUCCACAGCAAAACUCUCCGCAGCAGACCUCCUCGCAGCUGUCUACAGUACAACAAUCUAACCCACCACAGCAACCUGUUGUCCAUUUCACACAGGAACCCCAACCAGAUCCUCAACCCGUCGACAUUAGUCGCAGGUCCUCGAUCAGGAGCUUGCUAAACAAUAGUGAGCCCAAUUCCAGGAGAUCAACUACACCCGAACAGCCUAGGAACGAUCCCACAGGCACAGGCGUUGCCAAGGAACCUACUGUCCCUACUUUUCAUAAUAGCCGAACUCCCGCGGCACCUUCCUCAACAGGCCCUUCCCGCCCAACACAACUACAAUGGUCGUCCAUAAACUCUAUCUUAAACCAACCAUCAACGCACGAGCUCCCCGAGCCCUUCAAAGAACGUCACCCCCCUCUCCGCCAACACACCCCCCCUGCGUUCAACUUCUCGCCUUCUACAGCGUGCUCGAUCGACCGUUCCUCCCUCCCAGUGGCCCUACCGCCGGUACUCGCCCACUCCGCUCCUAACGCCCAAAAACAUAGAGCAAUGCAUUCCCUCCAACAAUCAUCUUUCAACUUUGCUAGCGACCCCCUGGCAGCUCUGGCUGCUGUAGCAUCCGCACCAGAAGCUCUAGGCCUACUAUCGACCAACACCUCGAACCCUGCAACCAGCGGCAAGGCCCAUCCCGACGACUCAUAUUCCAGGCGCUAA